CACGUGGUUCGCCUCUAGCGGAUCUGUCGGUGGCGUCAUCGCGUCGACGAAAGCGGAUGAGAAAAAAACACAGCAAGAAGUAGGGGAAAAGCUGUUUGGCUUUACCUGCCUCUAGAAAAUAGUGGGUUAAGAAGUGGAGAAGAGGGAAAAGUAGUCCAAAGUAUACUAUCCGGUAAUCGAAGAAGCUGCGAAUCUGUCUCUGGAGUGAGGUGCAGAGUCGGGCGGGUGGGACUGAGUGGAGCCCGAGAAGAAAAACAACAUGGCGGCACUGGAGUUGGAGUGGGUCCCGGAGACGCUAUACAACACUGCCAUUUCUGCCGUUGUUGAUAACUACAGCCGCUCCCGAAGGGAGAUCCGUUCACUUCCAGAAAACAUUCAGUUUGACGUCUACUACAAGCUUUAUCAACAAGGACGACUUUGCCAACUUGGAGGCGAAUUCUGUGAACUUGAAGUUUUUGCAAAAGUUCUUCGGGCUGCUGAUAAAAGACAUCUCCUUCAUCACUGCUUCCAGGCUUUAAUGGACCAUGGAGUAAAAGUUGCAUCAGUAUUGGCAAAUUCAUUUAGCAGACGCUGCUCGUAUAUAGCGGAGUCAGAUGCCCAUGUAAAAGAAAAAGCCAUCCAAUUUGGAUUUGUAUUGGGGGGAUUUCUUUCAGAUGCAGGCUGGUACAGUGAUGCCGAAAAAGUGUUUCUGUCUUGUUUACAACUUUGCACACUACAUGAUGAGGUGCUUCACUGGUAUCGUGCUUUAGAAUGUUGUGUAAGGUUACUUCAUGUACGUAAUGGCAACUGUAAGUAUCAUUUAGGUGAAGAAACCUUUAAGCUUGCACAGUCCUACAUGGAAAAACUUGCAAAACAUGGACACCAAGCAAAUAAGGCUGCCCUCUAUGGAGAACUUUGUGCAUUGCUGUUUGCUAAAAGCCACUAUGAUGAGGCUUAUAAAUGGUGCAUCGAAGCAAUGAAGGAGAUCACAGUUGGUUUACCAGUGAAGGUGGUAGUGGAUGUUUUAAGACAAGCAUCAAAGGCAUGUGUAGUCAAACGUGAAUUUAGAAAAGCAGAACAGUUAAUUAAACAUGCAGUCUAUUUAGCAAGGGAACAUUUUGGAAAUAAACACCCAAAAUACUCGGAUACACUCCUUGACUAUGGUUUUUACUUGUUAAAUGUGGACAAUAUAUGUCAGUCUGUUGCAAUUUAUCAGACUGCAUUGGAUAUUCGACAGUCAGUGUUUGGAGGAAAAAAUAUUCAUGUAGCAACAGCCCAUGAAGACCUGGCUUACUCAUCAUAUGUUCACCAAUACAGCUCUGGCAAAUUUGACAAUGCAUUAUUUCAUGCUGAACGUGCCAUAGACAUCAUUACUCACAUUCUGCCAGAGGAUCAUCUGCUGCUGGCCUCAUCUAAGCGGGUCAAAGCUCUUAUUCUUGAAGAAAUAGCAAUAGACUGCCACAACAAAGAAACUGAACAGAGGCUACUUCAAGAAGCACAUGACUUACACCUGUCUUCUCUGCAACUAGCCAAAAAGGCUUUUGGAGAAUUUAAUGUCCAGACAGCAAAACACUAUGGUAAUCUUGGCAGACUUUAUCAGUCUAUGAGGAAAUUUAAGGAAGCUGAAGAAAUGCAUAUCAAAGCAAUCAAAAUAAAAGAGCAACUUUUGGGCCAGGAAGAUUAUGAGGUAGCACUUUCUGUUGGACACCUUGCAUCAUUAUACAAUUAUGAUAUGAACCAAUAUGAAGAUGCAGAGAAACUAUAUCUGAGAUCAAUAGCAAUAGGUAAGAAGUUGUUUGGAGAAGGAUACAGUGGCUUGGAAUAUGACUACAGAGGCCUCAUUAAACUGUAUAAUUCUGUUGGGAACUAUGAAAAGGUUUAUGAAUACCACAAUGUUUUGUCAAAUUGGAACCGCCUGCGAGACCGUCAGUUUACUGUUGCAGAUGCGUUAGAAGAUGUAAACACCAGCAUGCAGUCAACAGAAGAAGUGGUCCAGUCAUUUCUCCUGUCUCAAAGUUGCCUGGAAGGACCAAGCUGCUAAAGUCAGAACUUGUUUAAACAGAUUUGCCUCUUAUAGCACAAGGGGGACAUCUUAUACUGUGAAAUGCUAAUCAGCAGCCCAUUUCCCAGCAAUCUGGGGAGGAGUUGACAAACAGAGAUCCUGGACUGCCAGUUCACAUAUGGACUGAGCUUUCUUUGUAGAUGGCAGCUCUCAGUGAUGAAUAAUGAGCAAGUCUUUUUAACACCAGCAGCUUACUGUUGUAAUCACACUCUACUUUCCUAUUCAUUAUCAAAGGAAAUGUGUUGUCUUAAAGGAUUAUUUAACCUAUUUCAAGCAAAUUUUAAACACAGAUUUCAUUUGGUCUGUUUUCUGUCCUCUAUUUUCUGGGACCAUGGCACUUUUAAAAUAGUUAAGCAAAACAAAAAAUACCAAAAGGGUAUGAUAUACACAGGUUGAGUAUGUCUAUUUACAGAAGGAGUUUUACUUGAAUUCAUUGCACCAUGGAAACAUAAAUAUAUAUUGUGAUCAACCAGAACAGUAUAAAAUAUAAUUGAUUUCAAAAACCUACCAAUGAAAUGUCACCGUUACGUGACACCUUUUCUCCCCAGGAUUGCUUUUUAGGAGUGUAGCAAAAUAAUAUUGUAUGUUUAAAAAAAAAAAAAAACUUGCUUAGCAAUUGUGGACCAGUGUUUCGUGCACAUGUUUUUGAAGUGGGGGGAUAUACAAGUAUAAAACUGUACUCAUUUCUUUUACAGGUGAACAUUUAGAGUUCGUAAAUUAUCAUUUGAUUGGACAAUGCUAAAGACAAACAUCAAUGCCAGAUAGAUGAUCCCAGAUGCUUUUAGUACCUUUUCAUUAACGCCAUUCCAUACAUUAGACACCGGUUAAUUAUUUUGAUCACUUACUUGGUUCAUUGAUGCAAAUUUAAUACCAAAACUAUUCUAUACUCCUCCAUUAACAAAAUUGGAUGUGUCUGUUGCUUAGUCCAGCUUUCAGAAAAUAUCUGGCUGAAAAUCAAUGUUAGGUGAUAAUGGUCUACUAUUUUACUGUGGUGUUCCCACCAAAAACACAUUUAAUUUAACCAUGCAGAAUAGAAAUGUGUACUACAGGGCAAACCGGAGUAAUCUGUUAAUUAAUCUGCUAGGAUAAAAUGCAGAUAUUAUCCAAAAUAAGAAAGGCAUGACUGAAUGAACAGCGUUUUCUUUAUCACCUCUUGAGAUCUGUCAGUAACACUUGGAAAAAAUUGCACCUAUAUAAAGGGAAGCUUUGAACACUAAGUUGUAUCUUUCCUUACAGGAGACACACUUAAACACACUUAGACAACGGCACUCUAAUAUUUUAAACAAUUUAGCUUUCAGUUAGUAUGGAGACCAGCUGUUAUUCUCAUGUUUAUUAGAUCCCAGAGUCUGUCUUUAUAGCAGAAGGAAAAACUGUAGUAGAGGAAGGGUAUUGUGUGGUCCAUUUCAAAGUUGAAUACAUCAUUUAUUGCAAUAGAAGGGAUUGCACUUGCUGGACUGAGAAUGUUCUUUAGUUUAUAACAAAGUGCCAAAUCCAAUAUUGGAGGCGACGUAAAUUGCCAUUAAUGUCCAAUAUAUGUAACUAUAUCUUAAGAAACCUUAAGUGAUAAAAGAUGCCAUGAAGUAUUUGGACACUGCACUUAAUGUUUUAGCAGGAGCAGCUCCAGCUGCCUACCAAAGGACUUCACUCAUGUCUCAUAAGACAACUUUUUGCUUGGUUCUAUAAAUCCUAGUAGUUAUGAGUUAAUAGUCAUAAUUUUCUUGACAUAAAAUAGCUGAAUUGGAAAGGUUUGUUUACUAAGGUCUAAUUUUAAAAAGUUUUUUGUUUUUUUAAAUAAUGGGAACGCACUGAAUUCUUAACUACACAAUCAAGUUUUUUGGUUUAAGACACUGGAUAUCAGUCCACAGUAGCAGGUAAAUUAUAUUUAUUCUUUUGUGACCAACAUUAAUGUGUAUUGUUUGAUAAAACAAGAGGCUGACAAUUCUGCUGUGGAAACCUGUGUUCUCAUGUAUACCUACCUAUUCAUAAAUGUCUUAUGCUACAGUUAA